UUGUGAAUUGAUGAGCGUGUAAAGCUACAGGCAUUCUACUUGAACUAAUAGAAGAGAAUGGCUGGCCUUUUGAAAAGUGAUGCUGCACAAGAGGUUUUCCAAGAGGGGUUCAAACCACGUAUCAUAGCAAGAGCAGCUGAGAGGAUCCUUCGAAAGACUGGUGACGAGGACUUAUCCAAAGACGAUAUUCUUAAAGAAAUAGAAAAAAUGAUCAAAAAUGGAGAGAUCAAAGAAGAUUCGUGUAAAAUUCCCCCAUUAUGUCAAAUUGACGAUAUCCUGAACAAGAAUUCAACUUCAGACCCACAGAAACUACAGGAAGAGGUUUCCCAGUCAAAACGGCGCCUGUAUUGUUGUGUGUGCAACGACAGGAAAUCUGAGUACAUCUUUAAAGGAUGUGGGCAUCUUGUCUGCCAGAUUUGCUGCCCAAGAAGAUAUGGCCUCUGUCGAGUGUGUGGUCACCAGAUUGUAGAGUGCUACAGUAUCAAGUUUACAAAGAUUUCAGACUUAAAAAAUGAUGAGUAAGUGAUAGAUGUGAUUGAAUUUACAAAUCUUAUAGCAUUUGGUUAGCUGACCACAGUUUUCUGUGGAUUUGUUAAAUUGAUGUAGAUGAAAUGAAGGAGGAAUGUACAAAUGCAAAAUAACGCAGUUUAGAAAAUUACCGUAUAGCGGAGUUCUUUAGCUGGUAUAAAAUUUGAGGUUUGCUUGCUUAAAGAUAUGCCAAAAAUAUUGGCAGUCAUAUACUGUAUUCAAUGAAGCUGGAAACGUGUAACAUAAUUUGGUGCCGAUUAAAAUUUUAGCGCGCUUCUACCAACCCACUAAAUUAAGCCAAAGUGAGCAUGCCCGCUGAAAAAUCCCGCUAUAUGGUAAAUAAUUUCCUUUACACGGUCAUUACAAGUGAUAUUGUAGGUUAUGUUAUUUUUAUAUACAAUUUUACGACUGUUUUUCAGAUUUUAUUUUUACAUAUUUUUAAAUGUUUACAACUGUUAUUUUUUAUAUAAGUGUUCAUUAUUGUUGAGGUACUCUAAACGCAACAGUUGUCACUUAUUUUAUGAGGAUCCAUUUAAAGACAACUUGAACAAUUUUCGCUGAAAUAUGAAAAAAUCCUAUUCAAGGAUGUUGGAUGCAACUUCAGAGUAAAUAUACCCCUAUUAAACCUGUAUUUUUCACAGAUGAAAUAUUUGCAUACCAACCAUUGAUUCUAUCCCCUCAAAUCAGCAUUCCCUACGAGGUCUUAAAACUACAGCUUCAAAGCUGACACAUUUUUUAGCUCUACUGACCAGGACCAGAAGAGCUUAUGCGAAAAUACAAAUCUCAACAAAUUAAUGAUUACAAUACAUGGUAUAUGUGUAUAUUAUGUGUAAACAUUCUAAAAAUAUGUACACGCUAAAGAAUUUUUCAAGCUAUGGAAAUCCUAAAUGUGUAGAUAGAUCUUCAGUUGUCCAAUAAAUAAAUAUUUCUGAAAGCUAUUAAAUCGAGACAAUGCGUCAGAUGCUUAACUUUUCUGUAAUCAGGGGCUAAAUAUUAUUAUUUUACCUUUAAAAAUUGUUUCCUACAUGUAUAUAAAUCUGUGCUUAAAAAGUUAACAUUUCCAAUAUUUUACUGAGCGGUUCAACAAAAAACCGCUAAUUGCGAUACUGGGCCUGUUGAUGAGAUAUUGGACCGCUAUGACUUUAUUUACGUCACACUGUAAGCGGGGACAAUUAUAUCUUAUCAAUUAUCGCAAACAUGGAAACCAGCACAAGAUAUGUCCAAAUAAAAAGUAAAAGGUAUACAUGUACAUGUAACACAACAUUUAUCGACAAUGUUCUCUGACAAAAUACAUUCGACUCUCGAACCAAACACUUUGCGUUUGGCUUGACGGCCUCAGGUAAACAGUUUGGUUCUUUGGUCCAACAAAACGCAUUUUGCCCUUGAACCCAGUCAAUAAAUGCACAUUGCUUAUCUUCAAUUACAUGAAUAUUAGUAACUGCAUGAUGCUAUAAAGAUUUGUAAUACGUCUUUCAAAAAAUAGACUGACAAUAUUUUUUCAAGAUUUUUAAGUAUUUCCAUCAUAGAUUUGGAAGAAGGAGAAAAAAAUCUCACUGAGAUUAUUUUUCAGAUUUAUAAGGAAAAAAUUGUAUUAUGGCGAAAAAAUAUAUUGAGAAUCGUCUCAAGAUUUAUGUUUGUAUUAAAGCAAAACUUGCAACGAGAAGUUUUUCAAUGUCUAUGAGUAUUUGAAAUCUUAGAAUUGUAUUACUGGAAACAAAUUGUACAGAGGAUCUUUUUUAGCUUUGUAAGUUUCCAAAAUAACAGAUCUGUGCUGUGGUUAAAAAAUGUAUUGAGAAUCUUUUAAAGAACUGGGUUAUAAGAACUUGAAAUGUAUACAUUGUAUAUCUAGCACUUGUGUUGAUGCUCUAAAAAUAAGAGUAAACUUUGUGUUUAU